UUAAAUAAUUCAAAAAGGUUUCUAAUUUAAAGUACAUAUCAGACACAUCAAUAAUUAGUCCGAAGCAAGUGAAAAUUGGCGAAUUAUAGACCAACGCAUCAAUAUCUAAACGUAAAUAACAACGCAUUCUGAUUUCUGAUUUGUGGUUGUAGGCAAAAAGACCGAUCAUAUUUGAACGAAUCAAAAUGGAUGCUGGGUGUGAAUGAACUAUUGAAAAACGAGCAGCUUUUGUCGAUUUGUAGCGUGAGCUCGAUGGUCGGAUUGAGAAACUGGUGUCGUGAUUUAUUUAGUAUUAAUUUAAGCAGUGUUUUACUCGCGAGUGCCGUCAAUAACGAAGUGGUCCGAGUACUGGUUUAAUUCAGUAGUCACCGUGUCGAAAAGAAAUGUGUUUAUACAAAUGUUUAGGAGAUCCUCAUAAUCAGCAGGCGAGCGUAGUAGGAUGAGGACUGUGUCGAAAGUGUUGAAUGUCGUGCCUAGCCCGCGCCUGGCGCUCUGCGAGCCGCGGAUCCCGACGUUCGGUUCGAUAUGGCGAGUGCGUUCGGACUAGAGAGUCGCUCGUGUGUCGCAUGAGCGGUCAGAAAUGAAAUGCAUAUACAGGAAGCAACGAACACAACUCUGACAACAUGUUCCAAAAUGACAGAAGAAGUAGACAGAAGACAUGGCGUAAACGGGAACAGCAGUAGCAAGACAGCGAGCGAGGAGAGUCCCGUCGCCACCUCGGCGCACUCGGGCUCGGGCGGCCGACUCAAGUUCUUCAAAGAUGGCAAAUUCAUCUUGGAGCUGGUGCGCGGAUGCGCGCGUGCGGGCGAGCGCUCGGGCUGGGUGUCGGUGCCGCGCAAGACGUUCUGGCCGCCCGCCGCGCCGCACACGCCGCCCACGCCGCCCGCGCCCGGCCCCACCGCCUCGCUCAGCGUCUCCGACGACAAUUCCUCCAUCCACUCCUCGCCCUGGCAGCGCGACCAUUGCUGGAAGCAGCCCGCCCCGCGCCGCAACCUCUCCAAAGAGCUAGCCAUGUACUAUUGCCGGCCCGCGGCGCUCACCGCGCAGGCUAUCCGCGCCGGCGCUCGAGCGAAGCGUCGUCGGCCCUACGACGCGACGCCGCUCGAGCCGCGCAACGGACUCUGUCGGAACGGCGCCGUCUCCCCCGGCCGGGACGCCGUCGACGGCGCGCCCGACUCCGCCGCCAAGCCGGCCGACGAGCGGCGAACGGAUUGCGACCGAGAGAAAUAUUACCACAUGAAACUCAAAAAACCAUAUCAGUAUCAUAAGUUAAGGGUGUAUAAAAAGACGAAGCCGGCGAUCAGGCCUAAGGUGCUCGCCCGUACGAUAGACAAGCUGCGCGAACGCGUCGCGGCGCUGCCGGCGCCCGUCAACGCAAAGCUGGCUUCGUGUCGCCAAGAGCACAUGAUGGUAUCGCCGCGCAAGCGCAUCCUACGCGAACUCGAGCGCGUCAGCUUAGAGGAUCAGGGCACGAAGAGGCGCGCCAAGACCGUGCCGGCGCUCAGCACCGCGUCGUACCCGCCGUCGCCGGGCCCCGGGCCCAGCCACGCGCCCGCGCGCGCCGCCGCGCCGCCCGACCGCUCCACCAACGGCACCGCCCGCAAGGAGCCCGUCACCAAGAACGUGAGCAGCUACAGCAUCCACUCGCUGCUGUCCAUGCCAGACGAGAGCCCCGCCCCGUCGCCGCACUCGUACCCGCCCUCCUUGAAGACGGAGUCGCCGUCGAGCGUGCACUCGCCGGACCUGAGCCCGAGCCCCGACAACUACCGGUACCGCUACUCGGCGCUGACGCUGGGCUCGCCAACGCCGGGAGCGCUGCGGGACUCCCCGACGCCGCCGGACCUGGCGCGGUACCGACACGCGCCGUACGCGCCGCCCGUGUCGCCCUACGCGGCCGGGCGGCAGUGGCCGGCGGCGCCGUACCGCCGCGAGGACUGGCGGGACCUGCAGUACGUGUACGGGUACGGCGGCGUGGCGCCGGCCGUGGGCUACCGCGCGCCGCAGGCGCCGCUGUGGAUGCACUACGGGGUGCCGGUCCCGCCCGGGCCCUGGGCGCCGCUGGCGCACCCGCUCAUCAACGACCACAUACCUAAAGAAGAACCUACGUCAGAUUUGCCACUGAACCUGUCAAAGCACUGAGAGGCGCGGGCGCUGCUCGGUUCGGUGCGCUCUGAACAUUACUAUUGUACAUGUAUUACAAACGCAAUCAAAGACUUUUAGCUUAUUUAAAGUGGCAUAUGAUUAUGCAAUAUCUUUUUAUAUUUUAUGCUAUACAUUAAAGAACAAGUUCGAACAGUAAACUUGUGGUGAAAUGUCGACAACGUUGUCCCAUCAACAUUCCAUGGUCACUAUCGAUUGGAGAGUAUUGGAAGUCCAAAAAGUACAUCCCACCUAAUCCAAUAGCCUAUAAACGCUCGGAGCGAUUAAAUUUAUAUAACGAUAUUAUGCACUUUUUGCACAUGGGCAAAAAAUAUUUUUGUAUAAUUGUUUGUCUGGAAAUCUAUUUACACAUCAUGUAUUUUACACGGAAAUAAUAUUAUAUUUUUAAUAUAGAUGUACUGUACGUAUGCAGAGUCACAUAAGUAUUUUCAUACAAAAUAUUGUACUCCGAGUUGAAUAUUUUAAUAUUGGCUAUUAUUUUAGAGUAGAAUGCUAAGAUGAUCUAAAUGAACAAAUAACACUAAAUUAUUAUUGACGAUCAGUGCCUUUUCAAAGAAACUACUAAUAAACAUUUAAGAGAAGUAAAAUAUCGCAAAAUCCUAAUAAUUUCCAAGCGCCCGGCCGCACUCGGCGCGCUGAGAGCGGGCUCCGCGGAUCUAUUUACACGACCUGAAUACCCGCUCCUUACUUAAAAUUCCAUAAUGUUUAUGUUCGAUCUCAUUAUUUAAUUUAGAAAAUAAAAUGAGGUAAAGACUACAGUUUUGGGAUCAAAUUUGGAUGUGUGUUUAUCUAACAUGUAUAUUAAAAAUAAGCGACAUUGUAUAUAAUUUGUGAAUGGUGUAUUAUUGAUGGAAGUCUGGGCGUAGAUUUUAUCAGAGCAUUAACCGCUUAUGAUUUAUCCGUAAGAUUUAUUACCUUCAAAUAAUUAUUGUAUUUGUACAGUAUUUCUUUAAUGAGUAUUUUAUAAUUAUUACGAGGACGGUUGGUGGUGUGUGCUCGGUGUAUGUGAGUGCUCUCAGUUGGUCGCGGACGGCGCGGCUCGCUGUUCUCUGCGUGGCUCAUGUUCACACACUCAUGCUCACAGCCAGAGGCAUACUUCCUGCUGUAUAAUCAUUAAUCACGCUACUAUAUAAGUGUAGUAUGAACAUUUUGUUUGCAUUGGUGGGUGGGUGUUUGGUGACUGAUGGUUCACCGUAAGCUGUGAGCGAUCGUGAGUGAUACACUAUUAAUACCAGCCUAGUGUGAACAUGUCCUCAUUCGCGCACAGAAUGGGUCUGCUAGCGGCCGUCGGCACGCUUUGAGAUUAAAACGUAGAAGUAGUAUUUUACUGCAAUUUAGUUGAAAUAUGGGGUUAUGUAUGUAUUUAUAAGGACAGUUAAAGGACGGCAACGGACUGACUUCUGAUGUAAUAAUAUUCAUUAAUGGAAUUGUAUAAAUUAGUUGUGUAAUCGGAGGCCUACUGUAACAAUCGUAUUGUCGCCCAACAAAGUUGAUUUAGUGUAAAAGUAGCUGUAAUAGAUCCUGCUCAAUUAAUUCUGAGUACAGUUAGGAAACUACUUCAAGUCAAUGUCCUGUGUGAGAGUGAACUGUGUCGUUUUCCAAUAUUAUACGUUUUUUCUUAGGUUUAUGCAUUCCAUUGAACAGUAAUUUAUUAUUUAAUGAACAAUUAGCCAUCAACCUAUUUUAUAACAUAAUUACAUUAAUUACAUAGUCUACACUUUAAAGUUGCGUCCAAAUUUUUAUUCUUAUUUAUUAUUGCUAAUUCUCAUCCUUUGUGGUUUGUGUAAACCUGACCUAUACUUCAAACUUAAUGAAUGAGUAAUCAUACUUUAUAAUUAUUUAAUUACAAUUUUGAAGUCUGAUUUUUCAGUAGAUAAAAGUAGUGUAACUUUACAGUAAUAGUAAGUAUAACUAAGAGUCUGAUUAUUUAUAUUGAAAAAUAUAUAUAAUCUCUCUUAGUUCCAGAUGUGUCGAUUAGUGGAGGGGCGGUCAUUUUAAAAUUAGUUCUUAUUCUACCCACUUCGGAAGUACGGUGGUUAGGGUUAUGCUAUAUAUCCUUCUCUUCUGAACUUUACGAAACCUAACUUUUUAUAUUUUAUUACUAUUAUUUCGAAACUGUUGUUCGAGCUAAGCUAAGCAAUUAGAUCAGGGUCAGCCCAAGAAAGCGGAAAGUACACCAGAGUGCCAUUUAAUAUUCUUCUUUUAUAUGUGAAAGUAUACAGGUUCCUCUUAUACAUGACAUUGUAAAACUGCCGUAUAAAACAUAAUAAAAUAUUUUUCUAUGUAAACGAUUCUUCGAAGCAUGUGAUAGCGCUUUUCGGAUAUAAAGAAAGCGAGUAUGUCGGUGUCUUAAAACCACAUUAAAUCAUAUUUAUAAUGCGGAAAAUAGUUAUUAUCCAUUUAUAUUAAGAUGUAGUUAUGUACUCGAAUAAAUAUAACUUUUACAAAA